AUGUCGGCAGGCGAGAGAUACCCGGAACGGAAAAACUAUCUCCCUCGAAGUCAGGAAAGGGGUGAGAGGGAUCCUCAUCGGGACAGGGACCCGAAAAAGCACCCUAGGAAAGAGAGAGGAGAUGGCAGGGGACAGAGGGACAGAGAACAGGAACGGGAGAGGCACUCUAGAGACCAGUAUGAUCACUGGAGAGACCAAAAUUCUCGGGAUGAGAAGGAGCCGAGAUAUGAUGAAACAUCCUCAGUAUCUUACAGAUCCCCCAGGAAUGGGCUUCCCCCUGAACAAAUGGAUUUUUACGAACCAGGACCUGGUCUUUUUGAAUGCUACCAGUGCAGAUAUCUUUGUACCGGAAGAGCUCUGUGCCAGGUUUUGGAAGUCCUGCUGAACCUGCUGUUAGUGAUCUGUGCUGGGGUGUCGUUUAACGCAUCAGAGACAUAUAAAGACUAUGGCAGCUUGGGCGGUAUUUACGCGUACUACUUUGGAGGAGCCAAUACCUUUACUGGAGCAGAGGCGGAGAAGGUAAAAAAACUGGACACCCAAUUCUACCAGCUGAAACUUCCAAUCGCCACGGCUACCAUGGCUUUCGGGGGUGCUCUCAUGGGCUAUGCCUGUCUGAUGCUUCUCCUGGGCCUGCUGCGCGUUCCUUUUCGCUGGCCUGUGAUUCUGCUCAUCAGCUGCGUCCUGGAUGUCAUCAUUGGACUGGGUUACUUACCAGCAAUGGCUUUCCAUUUCAUAAAGCUGCAGGAGGCUUACAACUCUCAGAUCUGCAAGGACAGAAAUGAGAUGUACGCUAGCAAAGGACACCAAGGCUUCUCCUGCGGUUUCCACGGGGCGGAAAUCGCCAGUGGCCUGUUUGGGGUCCUUGGAGUCCUAGCAUUCCCUUUUAGUGCCUGGCUCGCUGUCCGAGCUUUCAGGAGGGUCCGUGAACUAAAGAAGCAGCCUCAAGAGGGGCACGGCUUUUAGAGGAUUCCUUUCACC